UGGGCGUCGCUCCGGGGCGGGGGCGGCCGUCCGACGCCCACGCCGGGCUCCGGGCGGCUGGCGGCGGCGGCGGCGGCGGCGGCAGUUGGGCUCUGACGGACUGACCGGCCGCUCGCAGGCUCUCUCGUGUGACCGCGCCGCGCCCCGGUGCCGCCCGUCCAGCCGCGCCCCAGUGACCGCCGCUCCGCAGUGAGCUCGUCUGCAGCACAGCUGAGCUGUGGCAGCUCUCAGCGCCGCACCAGGCCAUCGCCAGGCACAAUCAUCCUUCGACACCCAGAGGAUUGGAGGAUCUCCUAUCGCCCAAGUGUCGCCGAGUGUCGCCAGGUGUCGCCAGGUGUCGCUCAGUGUCGCUCAGUGUCACCUCCGGCCUCUCAUCUCACCCCACCAUGGUGCAGGGUGCGUGGACGCCGACCCGGCCGCGCCGUCCGAUCGCCGCCGAGUUCCAGACGCCCGGCCCGGGCUCCUGUAACAUCCCCUCCACCAUCGGCAAGGAGACGCCGGCCUACUCGAUGGCCAACAGGCACGAGGUGAAGGUGAAGAAGGUGGUGCCGGCGCCCAACGAGUACAACACCAGACAGAUGACCUACAAAGGAAAGGACACGGCUCCGGCACGCACCAUCGCCGCCAAAAUCCGCGACCCCAAGGCGUUCCAGACGCCGGCGCCGGGCACCUACGAGCCCAAGGAUGAGGACGACUCGCCUCGCUACAGCUUCGGGCUGCGGCCCAACCUGGAGAAGCCCAACACGGUGCCAGCGCCGAAUGCCUACGAAAUUGAUGACGAGAUCGGCAAAGAUUCUCCCCGGUACUCGAUGCCGGGACGUGCGAGCGACCCCAAGACAUUCAAGACGCCCGCACCCGGCGCAUACGAUCCUAAGGAUGACGAAGACGGCCCUCGCUAUAGUUUCGGACUGAGACCGAACCUGGAGAAACCUGAUGGCGUGCCAGCGCCAAAUGCCUACGAGAUUGAUGGCGAGAUCGGCAAAGACUCUCCCCGGUACUCGAUGCCGGGACGCGCAAAGGACCCCAAGGCGUUCAAAACGCCUGCCCCCUGCGCAUACGAUCCCAAGGAGGACGAAGACGGCCCUCACUACAGUUUUGGACUGAAGCCCAACCUGGAGAAACCCAACAACGUUCCAGCUCCGAAUGCCUACGAGAUUGAUGACGAGAUCGGCAAAGACUCCCCCCGGUACUCGAUGUCGGGACGCGCAAAGGAUCCCAAGGCAUUCAAGACACCCGCACCCGGCGCAUACGAUCCCAAGGAUGACGAAGACGGCCCUCGCUAUAGUUUUGGACUCAAGCCUAACCUAGAAAAGCCCAACAAUGUCCCAGCGCCCAAUGCCUACGAAAUUGAUGACGAGAUCGGCAAAGACUCCCCCCGGUACUCGAUGCCGGGACGCGCAAAGGACCCCAAGGCAUUCAAGACACCCGCACCCGGCGCAUACGAUCCCAAGGAUGACGAAGACGGCCCACGCUAUAGUUUUGGGCUCAAGCCCAACCUUGAGAAGCCCAACAAUGUCCCAGCGCCAAAUGCCUACGAAAUUGAUGACGAAAUCGGCAAAGACUCCCCUCGGUACUCGAUGCCGGGACGCGCAAAGGACCCCAAGGCAUUCAAGACACCCGCACCCGGCGCAUACGAUCCUAAGGAUGACGAAGACGGCCCUCGCUAUAGUUUUGGGCUCAAGCCCAACCUUGAGAAACCGAACAAUGUCCCAGCCCCCAACGCCUACGAGCUCAACGACACGAUCGGCGAGGAGUCGCCCCGCUACUCGAUGCCCGGUCGCGGGAAGGACGUCGUCGACGAGCGCACCAAGUUCCCGGCACCCGGCCAGUACGAGAUGGCCAAGGCCGAGGCCACGCUGCACAAGAGUCCGGCGUACACGCUGCGGGACCGCACAACGAUCCCCACCGACCGCACGCAGAAGCCUGCGCCGAACGCCUACAACGCCGACGACAAGAAACUCAAGUCCCGCGACCCGCAGUACGCGUUCGGCAUGAAGCACUCGCCGUACGUGGGCUCGUUCAAGCCUGGGGUGGGCGUCGGCACCCCGGACCGGAGCGUCGCGCUGCAGACGUCGGCCGUGAAGCCGACCGACAAGGUGCUGCGCGGCGGAGAGGUGGUGCGCGUCACCCCCGAGGGCGUCACGUGCCGCUGGGUGGACCGCGGCCUGUCGCCGCGCACCAACGGCACCACCACGCGCACCACCGAGACGCGCACCAACGUCGACGGAUCCACCACCACGCGCGAGACGGUGCGCGUCCACCGCACGCUCGAGAUGAGCCGCUGAGGGUGCCGGCGCGGCGCAGGGUGACGGGAUGAGGUCGGAGGACGCCGGGAUGAGGUCGGAGGACCAGGGUGGGGUCGCAGGACGCUGGAAUGUGGUCGGGGGACCAGGGUGGGGUCAGGAGGAGAAACAGAGCGGAGUGGUCGGCCGACUGCACCCGCUGUCCAGGGCCAGUGUGAGAGGGGGCAGCCGCGGUCAGGAAGCGCUGAAGGACGGCUGAUCGAUCGCCAGCGGAGACGCAGGAGGGACGGUGGUUUCUUUGUAGAUGUCUGAAUGUGUUGGGUUGGGUUGUGAGACGUUUUAAUGCCGUCGGCUAUUUGUUAACAAGACGAUUAGUUUCAAUUGUAGAGAAAAUAGUGCCACUUAUUUUAAAACACACAAGGCAAAAUUUAGAAUGGAAGCAAGAAAAUGUGCGAAAAACACUUCAAACAGCAUUCACUAAUUAGUAUGUUCUUACUGCGAAAUUGUAAUCAACAACAAACAAAUAACAUCACUAUAACAAAUAAUACUAAUAAUUAGCUUAAGAAUAAAAGUUGACAAGCAGAUGGAGCACAUGUCUCCGUCUAUAUUGGUUUAAACCAAGGUAAGACGUGGCAAAAAAAAAUCAUUCUUAUUUUUGUGAAGGACUUUUUUAUGAAAAAUCAUAGAAAGUUACACAUGAAUUUUUGUCAAAAUCCUAAAUGACCAUUAUUUUAUAAAGCUAGCUAUGAUUAAAUCAAAUGCAUAGCAAGGUGAGGCCAAGGCGCCGCGAAGUCAAUAACUUUUGCUGUGAUAUGUAUUUAUGCGUUUGGAGUUGGGCAAACCUUAGCUUCGUAAGUCUUGUGUGUAACAGGAACGUUUCUUUAAAAAAAAAAUAAUUUUCAAGGACCACUCACGAAAAUAAUCGGGACGCUAGGACUCGUGAUGUAAGCACCUAUUUCUGCAUCGAAAGUCGAGACUCAAUGGAAGACAGCGCCUUGUUCGCCACUUUGCCCGGCGAAUGUAGGACUGUCCAGUGUCAGAUCCAUGGCAGGAACGGUUUAGCGCCGGGCACGCGUUUGUUUCCCUCCCUUUCGACAAAAAGAGAGUUAUUUUUCGGUACGGGGCAUCAUCACACUCCGCUGUCGUGCCGUUAUAGUGAACACAUGUCUGCCGGCUGUCAGUCCAGACCGCGUAACCAAUUCAGAGGACGCCAGUUUGGAAUGAAAUAUUUAACUGGCUUUUGACAUCAAAUAUUUUACAUAAACAACAUGUACCGUCCACCUGUGAACGUAUGCAAAGUGUAUUCAAUCGGUGUAAAAUAAAUCGCCGCGUGUUGGUGCCAUAACGGACGCGCUGCGUCGAGUUAGCGACAGCAAACACCCGUUCCUGGCCGUGCGCCGGCACUGAUGGACGUGUAGCCCGCAGGGCGCGUCCGCUGAGCCAAUGUCAGUGCACCGCUACACGCAGACAUCUUAUGUGAUCAGGAGCGGCGUGCAGAGCUGGUUGAAGUGCUUGUGCCUAAGUCCUUGAACCUUGACGGCAGAUUUUUGCAUAUUGGCUGCAGGUGCAUGUGCAGAAUUUAAAUUCAUGUCAUUCUGCAUGUCAGCGGAAUCGCGAUACUGAAAUGAUGAUCGUCUUAUGGGGAAGGCUAAUGCUGGGUCUUGGUAUGGAUAUCCGAUUCUUGUUCUUGCGUGGUGCGGUUGUAGCCGAGUAACAUAGGUCUUAGUCACCGGUCGUAGUGUCUUGCGCCUAUGACGUAAUAACGCGCUCAACUUGUUUUUCUACGCACAAUGACGUACCUAUUGUAACAAUGACGAAUGUCUAAUUGGAGAUAGAAACUGCGUUGUUGACGAGUUGUUCUGCUGGAUCAUAACAAUGCAUACGUCAGCGCAGCUUUUUUAUACGAAAGAUGAAAAAGUAACGAUAGAAGUGAUAGUUGCUGUUAAUGUGGGCGAGAUCCCGUAUUGCGUCACAGAACCAGCUUUUGGAUUUCCUGAGAGCUCGCCUGAAACGUCAUCUUACGUGUGUGAUUCAGAUGAAUUUUCGGGAAAUGUAGCCUGUGUUUAUGGGUAGCAGCGUCUUAUUGCGUAACAAACGGAUGCUUAUCACUUCCAGUUGUCGGCGGAGAAUGGGAAUCGAAAGACAAACGUGUGAUAGCGAUAAUUACCUGAAAUGUGUUUACGUGGUACUAAUAUAGAGCGUAUUUCUUUGUAA